AUAGCAAUUUUCAUCACACGAAUUCCUUAUAAGCUGUCAAGAAAGUCAUGGUCAACUUUAAUUUCAUUCCUUUCCAUGUUUCAAUGUUUGUAUAAAUUUUUAAAUUAAAAUAUAGCUAUUUCUAACUUGACGAGGAAAAAAAACUGGAUAGUUUACGGUUGGACGAAGCACGCUGCCGAAUGCUUCAUAUAUCUAAGUAUUGCGCACCCACGGUUUACCCAGCCAUCUAUGGAAACGGGAACAAAUAGGGAUAUAAGAGAUGCUAGGCCGCUGAUCGAUCCAAUUCAGUUACCAGCUCCAAUUAAAACAUUCCAUCCCAGUUCCUGGCGGCGCGAGGGCAAACAGCUCAAGAAAACUGUGGCGCGACAGGACCGGUGAAAACGUAUUGAUUACAGAGCGGGCGAUUCUUGUCAGUUUGCCUGUGAACGCGAUUGAUCACUACAGGUAUUUGAUUGAGAUUUCAUGAUGGGUUUUAUUGAUCCGAGGAAGAAAAUGCUGUGGCAAUCUUUCAGAUUUCGACUAUAGUCAUAUUUUGAUGUUUGUAACAUGGACGUCACACACAGAUUUGUUAUUUUAAGAAUAAAACACCGUUUAUGUUUUGGAAAAUUAAAAUAUGUCUAGUUUGCGCUUGCGUCAAGAAAUUAAAAGCAGACGAUCGAGAAACAGACGUAUUGAAUCGAGAUUUCGACAAGAUCAGAAUGGUUCUCUACCAGCGUUUCAGGAGUCGGCGGAACCCGACAUAAUAGCUUGUAUCGAUAUAGGGACAACCUUCUCGGGAUAUGCAUUUGCCCUUAGCAAAGAUCUCCAAGAGGAUAGAUUAGCUGUCCAUGUCAACAAGGAAUGGAUAUCCGGAAACUCCAAGUUGAUCACACUCAAGGUUCCAAGCUCCGUUCUUCUGACCCCGGAGAAAAGAUUCCACUCCUUUGGGUACGAGGCGGAAUGGAAGUAUGGUCAGUUAGCAGCCGACAAAAACCACCUGGGCUGGUAUUACUUUAGGAAAUUCAAGAUGACGAUGAUGCAGAACGAGAAUCCGAACAUUGGCACCAGUAUUAUGGACGACACGGGAAAACCUCUCCGUGCCGUGGCAGUGUUUUGUGCUGCCAUCAAAUACUUACGAAAUCACCUAGUGGACGCAUUGGCCAGCACCAUGAAAGGUGUAGAGCCAAAUUGGAUAUUAGAAAACUUUUCUUUUCAAUGGAUCUUUACUCACCCUGUUAACUGGGAGGACCAGACAAAGCAAGUUAUAACAAUGGCCGCCAAACAGGUUGGAAUCAACAACGCAACUCUAGUACCGGAAGCCGAGGCAGCCUCGUUUUACUGCCAAGUUUCACCAUUACAUCGAAUCAACACCAGGAAUGGAGAAAUGAUUUGUUUACAGACACUGGGGAUGAAAUAUCUAAUGCUUGAUCUAGGCGGUGGGAGCACUGAUUCUACAAUACUGCAGUUGACUAACGACACGAAGCUGAUAGAACUCAUAAACAGUACCGGAAACCUGAACGGAGGAAUCAAAGUGGACGCCGCCUUUAUUAAUUUUCUAAUGCAAAUUGUGAAUGAGGAGGUGAUGGAGAAAUUCGCCAGUAGUUUUAAAGCUGACCUUUCCUAUCUCCACAAGGAAUUUGAGAUUAAAAAGCGGACGUUUGACCCUAAAAGCUCAGACCCUAUAGUUUUUAAGUUACCUACAGUAUUAAGAAGAAUUUUUGAAGUCAACAUGAAGCAAGCGUUACAAUUGAAGAUAGAACAAUCCGAAUAUGGAUACCUUGUCAAACUUAAUGGUGAUACUUUAAGCAUGGACCCGGAUGUGUUUCGAGGAUUUUAUGCCGCUGCUUUGGAAAACAUAUCGAGUUCGUUAUUAAAAGUGCUGUAUGCAAAGGAAGGCAAAGAUUGCAAAACGAUUGUGAUGGUUGGAGGUUUUGCAUUGUCUCCCCUUGUUCAAAACACCAUUCGAACAAAGUUUCCGGAUAUGACGAUUUUAAUGCCCCCCGAUCCCGAUCUAGCUGUGAUGAAAGGUGGUGUAUUGUAUGGGUUUGAUAACCGACCAGUGAUAUACAUGAAAGCAAAAUACACCUACGGGAUUGGGAUGGCGAUGCCUUUCAAAAAUGGCGUCCAUCCAGAUGAGAAGAAAUUUGAGUCUAAUGGAGUGUCGCUUUGUAGUGAUGUGUUCAAAAUUAAUAUAACACAGAACCAAGACGUGCAGAUUGGCGAGUUUGAAAGCCGGACUUUGUUGUACAUUAAUAGGAGAGAGCAACGGUUUCUCUGCAUACCCGUUUAUUUGUCAACAGUUAGAGAGGCCUUGUUCACGACAGAAGGAACAUGUCAAUAUUUAGGCAAAAUGAAAAUUACUUUAAUGUCAACUCGCGAUGAAAAAGCUGCUAUAUCAGUGAAGAUGGCUCUUACUUUUCAUGAGCUGGUUGUAGAAGUGACAGACGAAGGAAGUGGAAGAACUAUUCGUGACGUUUUCGCCGAUUCGCCGCACAUUGAGUAACGUUAAUUAGGUCGUAACGAAAACGCUCGAUUUUGCUUUUCACCCGGCGCAUAUUCAUGGUAUAUAAUUCAUUAGCUCUUGGAGUGAAACAGGAAGUUUGUUGGUUUAUUU